AUGGAGGCUCUACUAGCUCAUUCCUUUGAUUACCUCUCCUCCUACGAGCCGAGCAAGGUUCGGAAAGGUCUUCGCCAGGUCGAAGGCCUACUCGCACAAAUAUGUCUUUCCAAAUCAAAACCCGUCAAUGACCGACGGAAACCCCGAAUGUCCCCCGAUAUCCCACAACCCGUCCCAAAAGCAUUAUCAGAAUUGCGAGAUGAUCCCGCCUUCCGCGAGUUCUCCAAGCUCCAGGAGAGCUUCCAAUGGAACAUCGCAAUGCGCCUAGUAUCAUGCCUCGAACACCUCCUCGGCCGAGGCAGCAACGGCACAAACGACAUGUUGAUAGUCUGCACCCUCGAUCUAAUCCAAGGCGCACUCCUCCUCCACCCGGGCUCCCGCACCCUCUUCGCCCGCGAGAUCUACAUGAACCUCCUCCUCGACCUCCUCGACCCUAUCAACUGUCCUGCUGUCCAGUCCGCCACCCUCCUCACGCUCGUCACCGCUCUUCUAGACUGCCCAGCCAACACCCGCACAUUCGAGGAUCUAGACGGCCUGCUCACCGUGACAUCGCUCUUCAAACAACGCGCCACAUCCCGAGAGGUCAAGCUCAAACUUGUCGAGUUCUUGUAUUUCUACCUGAUGCCUGAAACCCCAACCCAGGCGCCCGUCUCCCCGCCCGGUCUGCAGCGCAGUCCGAGCAAGUUUUCCAACGCGCCUUUCUCUCGGAGUGGGCAUAACGCGGCUAACGCGGCUAGCAAAAUGAGUCGUGACACCCGGACAACGGAUGAGAAGCAGGCUCUUCUGGGGAGAUAUUUGAACAAUGUCGAGGACCUUGUCGAGGAUCUGAAGGAGACGGCUCCGUUCGGAGCCACGGUUUAUUAA